AACGGUUGAAAAUCAGUUCAAGGAAUCGAUCAUGUCAGAGAAUUCAGUGAACGAUGAAGAAAUGACUGAAAAGUUUCAGAAGUUUAUAGAAAAUCACUUUAAUCAGCUCCAGUCAUCAGGUGUUCCACAGAUACAUUGGAAGUCUCUCUACGUCAAACUAAAAGAAGAAGUCUAUGAUGCAGGAGAAUCCUUCAAGAUGUUGUGCUAUGAAAUGGAAAGUGAUGAUGAGGAAACAGAGGAGAAUAAGGAGCCAGGAGAAGAUGAAGUAAUUAAUUACAAAUGGAUGAUAGAGGCAAUGAAAGAUGUUCAGAAAGAUGAUCCAAAUAGUAUAUUUUUGAUAGACCAUUCCUGGUCCUACAGAGUAGAGGAGGCUAGAAAGCACCUGCAAACCAUUCCAGGUCUUCUGCAGAGAAUGGCUUCCCUCAUGGCAGUGAAGGUCAGUGGAAGGUCAAAUUCACAAAUAGAGAAGGACAUCUUGACAGAAAUGUGGAGAUUUAACCAGACAUACAGCUUCGGACAUUGUGAAAGAGGUGAUAAGGAUUCCAUGCCAGUUUGGUACAUCAUGGAUGAGUUUGGUGCGAGAAUACAGCACUCAGAGUCACCAACCUGUCGGACAGCUCCAUUUUACUGGAUAGAAACAAAGAUGACCUAUACAUUGAUGUGGUUGUUAGAGGAUGUGGAAGAUGGAGAUGAGAUGACCAGAGAUUAUGUUGAAGCGGAGGAAGAUGCUGACAUAAAAAAAGCAAAACUGUAUUCCUGGGAACCAUGUGACAUGAAAACUGUCAGUUACGAACAGGAAGAACCAGACUUGGAAUACUUUUUACAAUAUGCAAGAAAAGAAACUCUCCCAAACCUGGAGAAGCCUUUCCCUGGUCUACCAAAGGACAGGAAUGUCCGUAUAUUUGUGGAAUACAAUGCACUAGGUGACCAUUUGACAGACAAACGAUUUGAUAUUGUUGAGACUGCAGAAGAGGCAGAUAUCAUAUGGACAUUUCAGUCCUGGAGAGACUUCAAGAAGUUGAGUGAAGAGACGCCAGGGAAGAUGAUAAACCAGUUUCCAUGUGAGACUGUUGUGACUGUCAAAGAUAUGCUGGCCGUAGUAUGUCGACGAAUGAAUAAAGGAGUAGAGAAUCCUGACACAUUGGAGAGAAAUCCUGAUUGGCUGCCUGUCACAUACAACCUCAAAACAGAGCUGCACAAGUUUGCUUCCUACUUCCAGCACCGAGAGGAAAAAGGAUUAGACAAUCACUGGAUCAUUAAGCCAUGGAAUCUAGCCCGGGGUCUAGACAUGCACAUCACCAACAGUCUCCAUCACAUAACACGCCUUCCAGACUCUGGUCCAAAGGUAGCCUGUAAGUAUGUAGAGGAUCCUGUGCUGUUUUUCCGUGAGGAGGUUGGCAACGUGAAGUUUGACGUCCGUUAUGUUGUGAUGCUUAGUAGUGUCAAACCGCUCAAGCUGUUUGUAUAUAGGGUCUUCUGGCUGAGAUUUGCAAACAAACCUUUUUCCUUGGACACUUUUGAUGAUUAUGAGAAACAUUACACGGUUAUGAACUAUGUAGAAGGUGGGAUUAACUUGAAACAGAUCCACUACAAUGAAUUUAUCCCUAUGUUUGAGGGACAGUAUCCAGCUUAUCCCUGGGAUGGAGUCGAGGAGAGCAUAUUUCAGAUGACACGAGAGAUUUUCCAGGGAGCUACUGCUCUACCUCCACCUCAAGGAUUUGGUCCUUGCCCCCAGUCACGGGCAUUAUAUGCCAUCGACUUACUUCUGAGAUGGUCCACAAACAAGAGUGGUGUUAAGGAAAUACGCCCUGUGUUAUGUGAGGUGAACUUUAUGCCAGACUGUGAUAGGGCAGUGAAAUAUCACCCAUUCUUUUCUAAUGACGUGUUUAGCACACUCUUUCUUGAUGACCCGGAUAGCGAACACGUGACACAACUUCUAUGAGAGACAACUGCGCUGACCACUGAAAUGGAGACUGGAAUAGUAUAGAAAGUUAACAGCUAGUUAAGUAAACACACUUCAAGGGGAACACUGGCCUUCCUCAAGAUAUUCUUCAGAUUUGAAAUUAAAAAGAAUGGGUUGGUGUGGGGAUUUUAUCCUUAAGAAACCUGUAGGAAAACUUAAUUUGGACUACCUGACAAUUAUCUUCAUGUAUAGGAGUAAUGAAGUUGUAUGGUGAUCAUUUUAUCCAUAGAAUAGUGAAAUAUUGGUCAACUCCAUGACAGAGAUAACAAUUUCAGUUGUUUUCAAAAUUUACGGAGUUUCCAGAUUUUUCCUUGAAAGGACAUUGACUAGCAAAAAUUAUACUGCUGCAAAUGAUUAUUUUUGCCUUCAAGCCAAUUUUAUCUCUGUCCAAACCAGUCUGUAUACCAUCAGCAUUGGAAUAGUAUGGUAAUGUCAUGCUUGGAAAUUAGUUUGAAUGCCAUGAAGUGAUACCAGAUCUAUAUACAGCCAUGUUUUCUUUAUUUAAAGUGAGUAGUUGUAAUCAUUUUCUGUUAAUGACACCUAAUAAGUUGAUUGUGCAAUAUUGGAUGUUUUAUGUGUAGUUUAAGUAAAUUGGUGAAAAGUCUGUUUUUUACAAGUCAUUUUUUCAAAAUGAAAUCAAAAAUAUCUUUCAGAUAUUAAAAUACCAAUAUCCUUGAAGUGAGAUAUUUUGAAAAAAACUAUUGCUAGUGAAAGUUCCAACUGGCCCCCUUAACAGGUUAAUUUGUAGUCACAGACUAACAGAAUUUGAUACCACUUCACAUGAACCUCAACCUGCAAAAUGAAAUUCUGAAAGUCGAGCGCAAGCCUGAAGGGAAGGAAUUAAUUCAAUCAAAGAAUCUCAUCCAGAGUCUGAGAUAUUCUGUCUUGCAGUGGUUAUUUUUUAUUCAACCUCAAUCAUGCCUUUGUUGACAAUAUGUACGAGAGAUGUCUAAAAUGGUUUGGGCCUCGCACAAAAGAGAAGAAGAAAUUUAGAUUUAUAAGUGAACAAAGUCCUCAUUCAACUCCACACACUCCUCACACUCGUCCCAUAUAGUUUACCAGUCAUUGGUAUCCAACCAGUAGAACACCACAUCUUGAUCUCCUAACAGCUUUCCACAACAGCUCAUUAUAAUCCUCAAAUCUCUGGACCUGAGGUGUUUUGUGUAGCCUAGGAAAGAGGUAGAAGUUGCUGGGGCUAGUUCUGGAGAACAGGGUGAGGUAGGGAGGAGUUUAUUACCUCACUCACACACAGUAUCCAUUGCUACUUGUUUAGUGUUAAUUGAUGGGUUGUCCUGGUGAAGCAAAAUUCUUCAAAGGAUUUUUUGUGGUGUUUUUCUUGGAUUUGUACAACUGCUUCAGUAGGUUAGCAUUAUACUCCUAUUAAUUGUGUUUCCAUUGGUCAGGUAGGGGAGAUAAAUCCCUAUUUUAUUUGUUUCCAUCACCUUCUUGAUGGACCUGUUGGUUUUUAACUUCUUGGUCUUUAGAUUUGUUUCAUUCCAUUUCAUCGAUUCCUGUUCACUAUCCAGAUUUUGAUGAUAAACCAGGUUUCAUCACUAGUUACAGUCCUAAAUUGAAAAUCAUUUUGAUUAUGUCAACCAAAGCACUCUUGAGACCUAUCUUGCACAUACUUUGGACAUGUAUUUUUGAUACUGAAGUAAGUCACAUAUGGAUCUAUAUGAAGGACCAGCUGCUCCUACUGACUCAAUAAGAGUAGCACAUCACCAGUUUGUACACAGUGUCAAUGUUUUCCAAGCUAGUACUGGUUGAUGACUCCCCUUACCAGAGGAUAUUUUCUGAACUCUCUCUGUCAUACUGGAAUUCUUUCACCCAGCAAUUUGAUAGUUAUAGAAGAAAGAAGGGAAGACCCCAUAUAAACCACAGUCACUCACUCUUUAUCCUGUUUGGCUGAUUGACCCUCAAGGACUAGAUAAUUUAUCUCUACUCUAUACUCAGUUUUGGCCAAGUUAGCAACUCACUGGGAAUAUGUCUCUCAGACAAAGUGUUGUAAGGAAUUGCAGCCAGAGAUAUGAUUGUCCAUGAAAUCAGUAGCUAUGACUAGUGUGUGUGUUAGGUGUGGUAAUGUAAGGAGCAGUGCACUUUACCAUCAUAUAGGGAAUUGUGUGAGGCUCAGAACUAUUGGUAUUCCCUCUCACCUAUACAUUACAUGUUUUAUAUGCUAACAACCUACAAUGCAUAGAUUAAUUUACAUUGACAAAAAAGUGUUUGCUGAAAACAGUGGAAUAUGUCUUAUGUUAAAAUGUUUUAAUGUACAUUGUAUUUUGUGAAUUACGCAAAUGAUAAUAGCAUCUGUAUUCAUAGCGUGAAGUGUGGCCUGAUUUGCUGUCCGUUACUCUUUUGGUUUAGCACAUUACAACUAACUUACCUUGGAAGGGCAAGAAAGAAAGAACGAAUUAAAACCAAUCAAAUGACAGUCCUCACUGUCAAGGACACGGUGAAGAACUCUAUAUGUUAGUUAUAUGUUUAGUGUCCGUGUUUUUUUGUUCAUUUAAUACUAAUGGAAGAACCAACACAGUGAUCAACCUUUCAUUGGAGACGAGGAACGUGCUGCUGAUGUGUUUGUGUGCAAUUUUAUAGGCUAUGGUGUUUCUGAUGUUAUACUUGUAGUGUAACCUUGGAUAUUUCACAAAGAACAUAUGCCUUAAAAAUAAACCGAGUACAAUG